GACAAUUCACAAAUGAGUCAGAACAGAGACGUGUGGAUGACGCCAUCCUUUGGAAGAAUCCGUGACUUCAAAGUAACGUCGCGACCAUGUCCGACAGUGAACUCGAUUCAGCAAUAACGAGACUACGACAACAGCUCGCUGACAUGCGCCUUCAAGACCGUAAGAUUGGCUGUCGCCUCGACCAACUGAACGAGUCACUAGUAGAAGUUCUAUACUUUGUCCGCGAACGGAGAGCUCGUGGCAGAAGCCUCGGGGAUUUGGUAAACCCGCCCUAUCAAAUGGGCGAAAAAGCCAUUAGCAGCAGCGACAGCUAUAGCAGUGACAUAGAGCCUGAAAAUCUCGAUGAAGAGCACGACGCUGCACAGAUGGAAAAGACUUUCCUGUCUGCUUCUGGACAGAAACGCGACUCAACAACAUUGCCCAAUAUACUUGUACACUCAUCUCCGUCUCGUGCUCUCAAUCACAGAAUGUCAUCCGGUUGCCUCCAAGUUAGCUGGCCUGAUGCAUCUAGCAAGUGGCCAGGUCUCCACAACAAAGAUUACGUGUCUAGAAGUCGCAGUUUGGGCCUAGCAGGAUUUGAUUCUGGCUCCAAAAGCAUAGGGCUUGCACUUCGGAAAAGGCUUGGUUGGGGUCACAAGAAGUUGAUUACAGAUAAUGGUAAGUCACUGACUCCAGAAGUGAUUACCAACAAGUAUGCUGAUCUGGAACAAUUGGAGGCAGCACAGAUGUGACCAAAUGAGGAGAUUGGGCUUUUAGAUUGCAUUAUUGAAGGCCUUUGGCUUUGUGCUCAAGGUAAAUUCAGUGGUUGGCAGGGUUCCUUA